AUGAGAAAUGAAUUUAAUAAGGAGAAAGAAUUCCAAUGUUUAAUUGUAUAGUUCAGGACAGAGUUGAGGAAGCUCAUGUUGAGAAAAAAGGCAUUUUACAUCUAUCCGAAUUCAGAUGAUUUCCUAUUGAUGUUUGAUUUAGAGGGAUCUUGA